AAAAUUUAUAAUGACAUGGUGAGGAAUAAUGUUGAGGUUGAUAAUUACACUUACCCUUUUGUUCUCAAACUUUGUUCCGAACGCAGUGGACAACAAAAGGGUUUGGAAGUUCACGGAACUGUGAUCAAAUUUGGGUUUGAUGAGGACUUGUUUGUGAAUAAUACUCUUAUGCUGUUUUAUGGGAAUUGUGAGGAUGUGAAGGUUGUUCAGAAGCUGUUCAAUGAAAUGCCUGAGAGAGAUGUUGUAUCAUGGAAUAUGAUGAUUCGGGUUUUUUCGGAUAAUGGGUGUGAUGUAGAAGUGAUAGAAUUGUUUAAGAAGAUGGUUGGGGAAUCUGAGUUUAAGCCAGAUGCUGUUAGUUUGGUCAGCAUUUUGCCCGUGUGUGCUGGGGAGGGGACAAUGACGUGUGCGAUUCACUGUUACAUUGUGAAGGUUGGGUUUGAUGUUCAGGUGAGUGUUGGGAAUGCAUUAAUUGAUUUGUAUGGGAAGUGUGGGGAUGUUGAUGGUGCAAGGCAGAUUUUUGAUGAGAUGGUCGAGAAAAAUGAUGUCUCGUGGAAUACAAUUAUUGCUAUCUCUGGUUAUGCAGGGUGUUAUAGAGAUGCAUUGGAUAUGUUUAGAUUGAUGGUUGAUGAAGGGGUGAUAUUAAGCUCAGUAACUGUUUCUAGUGUCCUGCCAGUGCUGGUUGAACUGGGGUUUGUGAGUAAAGGUAGAGAACUACAUGGUUUUAGUAUGAGAAGGGAUAUGAAUGCCGACCCUUUUGUUGCCAAUUCUUUAAUUGAUAUGUAUGCAAAAUCAGGGCGUCCAGUUGAUGCCUCUAACGUGUUCCAUAACAUGGGUUUGAUAAAUGUUGUUUCUUGGAAUACGAUGGUUGCUAACUUUGCCCAGAAUGGACUCGAGUUAGAAGCUAUUGAAUGCCUUAGGCAAAUGCAAUUUGAUGGGCAGAUUCCUAAUCCCAUCACUUUUACUAAUGUUCUUCCUGCAUGUGCACGAAUGUGUUCUCUUCUGCUUGGAAAGGAAAUUCAUGGCAGGCUGAUUCGGUCAGGGUAUCACUUGGAUAUAUUUGUCUCAAAUGCUUUGACCGACAUGUAUGCCAGAAGUGGUUGUCUCAAUCAUGCAAGGAAUGUGUUUCUUAUCUCUACUAAAGAUGUGGUAUCAUACAACAUACUGAUUAGUGGUUAUUCUCAAACAACUGACAGCUCAAAUUCUUUAAUCCUUUUCAGAGAAAUGGGGUUGCAAGGGAUACAGCAUGAUAUCGUUUCAUGUAUGGGAGUUCUCUCAGCUUGUGCAAAUAUUUCAGCAAUCAAACAUGGAAAAGAGGUUCAUGCAUUUGCUAUGAGAAGGUCACUUGAUGAGCAUCUCUCAGUUGCAAAUUCACUUAUAGACAUGUACACAAAAUCGAGUCGAAUAGAUCUGGCUAAAAAGGUUUUUGAUAGAAUUUCUAAAAGGGAUUCAGCCUCAUGGAAUACCAUGAUUUUGGGAUUUGGAAUGCUCAAUGAACUGGAUACUGCAGUUAAUCUUUUCAAAACCAUGAGCGAGGAAGGUGUUGAAUAUAAUUCAGUUUCAUAUCUUGCUGUUCUGUCUGCUUGUAGUCAUGGGGGUUUGGUAGAAGAGGGACGGAGAUUUUUUAAUGACAUGCUUGCUUGUGGUAUUAAGCCAUCCCAGAAGCACUAUGCUUGUAUGGUUGACCUUCUUGGUCGUUCUGGCCUCAUACAAGAGGCAAUAGAGCUUGUUAAGAGCCUACCAAUUCAACCAGAUGUUAAUAUAUGGGGGGCUCUACUUGGGGCAUGUCGACUUCAUGGAGAUGUGGAGACGGGAUGUUGGGCAGCAGAAAAUCUCUUAAAGCUAAGGCCAAACCACUCAGGGUAUCAUGUACUUCUUUCUAAUAUGUAUGCAGAAGCAGGUAAAUGGGAAGAGGCAGAUAGGGUUAGAGAAUUGAUGAGGUUGAUAGGAGUAAAGAAACAUCCCGGGUGUAGUUGGUUUUAGAACCAGGACCAUAUAUAUACACUUAUCUGGCUGGAGAAGGAUUUGUAGGAUUAUAUGCAUAGUUACUGUAUGUAUCUGGUUAAGUUGCCCUGAAACCCCAUCCAAGUUCUGAGAAUCUCCAUGAGUCUGCAAAAUGUGAAGUUAAAACCUUGAAAUUCAAUUUGCUCAUACAAAGCAAAAUUAUUUAGUGCAAUAGGCACUUCUACUCCUUUUGUACCAUAUAACCUUCAGUGUACUUUUCAU